UUGCUGAGAAAUGUCCAGACUUUCUAUCGUUCAUCAGUAAGGACGCAGGCUGUUGUUUUUGUUUGGCGAAAAAAUUGAGGAAAAUUACCGUCGAGAGUAAAUUUUUGUAAACAAACGCAGAAGACAGAUGCAUGAUGAGUACGGCGCUCAAAGCAUGCUAGUGAAACAUCCUCCUUUGAGCCACCUUAAACUGUUACUUUCUUGGUCUAUGACGUCAUGUGCAAAUGAAGAAUAGUUUACCCAGAGUUCUACCAGGAAUAUUUAUAAAUUAUCCGACAGAACUAAACGCAGUAGUUUAUACGUGUAUGGUGAGCUCACGUUGAAUUAGAGCCGUUUGUGUAUCUACAAUAAUCGCCAGGGGCUCUGUUCUGUGAAUAGGACUACUCCUGCAAAAAUCAAAAAAGAAAAAAAAUUUAGCGAGAAAGAAAAAAAAAAAGACAAAUACUGGGGAGGGUUAGUAAUGUCUAGACUAACGGCACUAUUAAACUGCUUGUUUUGGUUACAGGAAUAGCUUGACCUGGAGCUAAAAGCUGCUAAGAGCCCAAGAUAUGUCGGCGAAUGUUCCCUCGUUGUGGAAGAAGCGUGGCACCACUUAUUCCGAAACUCUAUUCCGAAAUUUCUGUCGUCACUUACAACACAUUAGCGGAUAUUCAUACCCGGGCUGCUGAUAAUCCUCAAUGCAAAGAAGAAUUUUUGUUCAGGAAAAAUGACGGAAGGUCAGAAAGACACAGACUUCUCUUGGAAGAGCUUAAGUGGCUUGAUGSCGAUAUUCUGUGCCUUCAAGAGAUAGACUCUAGCUACUACAACACUCUCCAAAACGCACUAUCGUCCAUGGGGUACAGCGGAUUCUUCUCAGAGAAAACACAGCAAACCCAUGAGGGUGUGGCAAUCUUUUCAAGGUCUAAUCGAUUCAAAAUCGUGUCGUCUCAGACGAUAGAACUGAGUCAASUUAUCGAAGAUCUUCUUAAUGAUGAAGUCAAGGAGGAGCUAAAUGGGGUUUACAGGACUGGGCAUGUGUUGGCAAUGGCGCGUAUCAACUCGUUGAAUGAAGACUACAGCAUUGUGAUAGGAAACGUGCAUACUCAGUGGCAAGAAUGGCGCUAUCCUGUCCACAUUACCUUACAGAUAGCUGUUGCUGUGCAGGCACUUGAAAGAUUUUCUGUUUCACUCCAAGCGACUAAUGGCUUACACGUUCCUUAUAUUCUUUGCGGAGACUUGAAUGUCGAGCCUCAUUAUCCCUUUUACAAGCUUCUAUCAACGGGCACACUUGACACAAAAGAUAUARAUAACUUAGCGUCUUAUGAUUAUGUCAAUCAAUACCCUGGUACGACGUUACCCGAUAAGCUCCCUCAAAGUGAAUACCAUUUACUAGACGUGCUUCGUAAAAAUUUUCUUGGCUCCUUAACACCACUUCAGAGUGCCUACAAACAAGUACAAGGUGUAGAGCCUUCGUAUACAUGUGUACCACACCUUGUAAGACAAGGGAUGACCCUAGACUACAUUUGGUUUCAACCAAAGGCCAUUAAAGCUGUAGCAGUUCAGGAUGUUCCUGAAAAAUCCACCAUAGACCCACCGGGCGCUAUACCUAGUGAACACUAUCCAUCUGAUCACGUGUCACUUAAAGCAUGGCUGAGAUUGGUGGAUUUUGAAACUUUGGACAAGCUGACAUAGUCUUUUCUAAAAUCUGCUCUGCAUGAAUUGCAUCAAAUGCAGGCUUGAAAUCAGUAACAUAUUUUAAAAGAAUGGUUGUCUGUAAAUAUCGGCUACAUAGCGUGCAGAUUUAAAAAAUUGCAAUCUCUUAAAAAUUGGUCAAAAUGAAGAUUUUGUAGAGGUAUUUACGAAAAACUGAUUCUGGCUUCGCGCUCAAUCAAUGUUGGGAAGCCGUACGGCGAUCUUUUAAUUUUACGAGCCCAAAAUUGAG